AUGUCCAGCAAGGUGGCCGUUGGCAGCGACAUCGGGCAGGCCCGCCAGACAGUGGAGCAGCUGCGGAUGGAGGCAGGCAUCGACCGCGUGAAGGUGAAGGUCAGGGCGGCUAGGCAGUGGGGAGGGGAGGCAGGUGCACACCUGGGUUUGGCUGACUGGCUUGGUCCACAGGUAUCCAAGGCGGCCGCCGACCUGCUGCAGUUUUGCACAGAGCAGGGCAAGAGCGACCCCUUCCUUGUGGGCAUCCCACCCGCCACCAACCCCUUCAAGGAGAAGAAGCCCUGUGCCAUCCUAUGACCCCACAACAGUGUUACCCUGUGGCCUCCACAAACCAGGGGACCUCAAUAAACAUGAA